GGCUGGACAAGCAAGAGAGUAUAAAUUAUGGUUUGGUUUGCUGUCUUCUUCAAGGAACAUCCACUCAGGCUUAACUACAGAUUCCCAGAGAGCAGUGAACAACUAAGCAUUCCAAAAUGCUGCAUUAUUUUGUGGUACUCUCUUGUCUUUAUGCCAUGAGCAUGACCAUGCCUUUACCUGAUAAUUACUCGUACUCCCCUGCUGUCGGGGACGGCAGUGGAACUGAAUUUUCCACUGCACAAGAGGGUCGCAUCACUGGAGUCAGAGUUUAUGAAUAUCCCUCGAAUGGAUACUACUACAGCAACAACUACAUCAAUGGGCUCCAGUUGCAAUAUGACGGUAACUGGACGGAACUGGUUGGCAUGAACGGUUAUGGCAAUGAAAGGUCGAUGACGCUCUUCGACAACGAAUAUUUCGUUCAGGUCUCUGGAAAGUAUUACUCUGGAUACAUCACUGAGCUUAUGUUUGUCACUAAUGAGGGCCGCUCUUUCAAAGUGGGGCAGCCUACUGGACUUUCAUUUAACUUCUACCCGACCCGUGAUGGAAGUGCACUACGCUUCCUCAGCGGUCGACAGAAUGGAUUUGCCCUUACCUCCAUUGGGGCUCACUGGGCUGUGUUAAAUUUAUCAUAAAGAAAUAUGUGUUUAUGUGAGGAAAAUGCAAGUUAAUAAGU